UUUAUAGUGUUGCUCCCGCUGGCCAUGUUUCAGGAAAUGUGGUCCGGGACUUUGUUCUUGGAAGUUCCCCCUCCUGAUUUUUUGUGUUGUUAUGCUUGAUUUGUUCAUGAGAAAUCUAUUAGAUCUCAUCUAUUUCUUAUUAUGCUCUUUUGGUACGCUCUUCGCAGAAAGGUAUGGGGACCCAGUGAGAUUGUUCUAUUUUUCCUUGCUAGUAGGUCCUUCCUUGAUCCCUCUUCUUAUGUAUUUAAUUCAUGCGAGUUUGUUUAUGGAGGUGAAGAUUCACGGAAUUUCUUUGUGAAGUUAUGUUAUUUUUAAAAUUUUCUUCUUGGAAUCGUUCUCCCAUCACAAUUUGUCAGAGCUCUUGAUCUUGUUUACCAUUCUUCCGUUGCAUUUUUUGCAUCUUCAUAUUAUGCAUGCGUUCAUACUUUUCGUAAAUGCCAAAUUUGAGGUCUAUUGCUGACAUAGCUUAUCGUUUGUCUGCUUUAGAUAAAGAGGAAUUGAUCUAGCAGCAGACAACAACCAACUUCUUGCUGGCUAAGGACUCUAGUCUGGAGAAAACUCCAUAUACAACAUUGCUUCGCACUGAGAUCUUUGAUAAUUGGCCAUUACAUAUUCUUAUGUACACUUGAAAGGCAACUGGUUAUCAUAACACAUGGAGAACAAGCCAAGCGAGCAUCUCAAUAACAUAUUCACAAUAACACCCACAAAUGGAUCUGGAUAUCUUGACAAUGAUACGAUAAAGCAGACCAUAAUUGCACAAGAAGCUACAUUCCGGGAACAGGUCAUAGAACUUCAUCGUGUGUACAACGUUCAAAAGAACCUAAUGGAAUUAGAAUGCCAAAGAGGUGAAUUAAGUAAGCAUUCUCAAGAGAAAAUGUAUUCAUCACCAUAUGGGCGUAUAAGAACAGUCAGGCAAGUUGAGCCUCCUGCUGGACAUGAUAUGAAGAAACCAUCCAAAAAAUUCAUGAAGGGAAAAGAUUUAGUGUGUAGUUCAAACGGAGUUUCUAUGAGGCAUAGCAGUAGUAGGCCCACACAAGAAAAACUGGCCUUUCAGGUUUCAGAUGAUGCACAUGCCAAUAAUACUGAUGAUGAUGUGGUGAUACUAUCGGAGAAGCCUGCAAAUAGUUCAGUAAGAAAUAAAAGUUCAUCUCCUGGUACAAAUGUGAAGGACCUUCAGGUUCCAGCUGAUGCACAUGACGAUGACAAUGAUGAUGAUGAUGUGGUGAUACUAUUAGAGAAGCCUACAGAUAGGUGGCCAAUAACUAAUGGUUCAAUUCUUGGUACAAAUGCGAAGGACCUUCAGGUUCAAGCUGAUGCACAUGCAAAUGAUAGUGAUGAUGAUGUAGUAAUAUUGUCAGAGAAGCAUGCAAAAAGUUUGCCAAGAAAGCAUGGUUCAAUUCUUGGUACAAAUUUGAAGAACAUUCUGGUUCCAAUCAGUGCACAUGUUUAUGAUUGUGAUGAUGAUGUGGUGAUACUAUUAGAGAAGUCUGCAAACAAUUUGCCAAGAAAUAAUGGUUCAAUUCUUGGUAUAAAUGUGAAGCUUAACAGUGAGGGCUCCUCACGCGUGAAUAAGGAGUGGACCAAUAGUUUACAACCAUCAGAUGUAUCAACAACGAAUGUUUUGAACAAAGAAGUUGUAGGGCCAUCUAGUAAUAUGGAAACAACAAACUUCCCAAGUGUGGGAAGUUCAAGUUCUCAGAACCAGGUCUAUUCAUUCGCAGGAGUGACCCUGAACCUCCCAGAUGUGAAGCUUGAAAUUGAGCCAUCCUCGCAUGUGAAAAAGAACCAUGUUAGUGGUUUACAACAAUCACAUGUCUCAACAUUGAAUGCUUUCAAUACAAAAGUGGUAGGGUCAUCUAGUACUAUGAAAAUAGAAGACUUCCCAAGUGUGGGUGCCUCCAGUUCCCAAAACCAGUGUUAUUCAUCGCUAGGAUUGGACCUGAACCUCCCAAGCUUAGAAGAUACCUUGAAUGGAAAGCAUGUGGGUGCAGCCAUUGAUUCAAACUUCUUGGUUGCAAAUGAGGAAACACAACAUAACAAUUCAUACAUCCACAAAAAAUAUGAUCGAAGCAAUGUCAUGGAAUGCUUCACACAUGAGAAAAAAAGUGUUGAUUCCUCAACCACAAAUGAUAUGUCCAGUUGUAGCAUCCGCAAUCCAAAAACAUUUGUAGCAUCCAGCUCCAAUGCUACAUCCAAAUCUCUACGGAAAAGCAACACUAAAGAUUACAAGAAUGGUUGCCUUCCAACAUUACAAGAAUAUUGCCGCCUUCCAACACCAAAGACUACACAACCUGGAGGGGGUCAAUAUCAAAAGCAAUCCCGGUUCUAUAAUUGUGUAGAGGACAUGAAUCUGAGCAAUGGUCCUCGAGAUGCAACUGCCACUCCGGGAGAAGCAAGAGAGGAUACCCCAAUGGAAAUCUCGUGGGUCAAAAAGAAGUUGCUAAACAUGAGGAAGGGAAUCUCCAUGAAAAAGUCACAAGUGCCAUCAAAUUAUGCAACUGGGCAUUCCCAUAUUUUGCCUAGUUCCAUGGCUUACUCAGAAGGUAGUUCAAAAAUUCUUGGUUACCCUAUUAAUACAACCACUGAGAAAGAUCCUCAACUCUCAUGCAUUAUGCACAAGGGCACAGACGACAUGUCCUCGAGUAAGGGUGUAGCUAACAUGGAAAUGCAAUUCCAUAAAAAGGAUGACACCAAUGCCAGGAAUCCCAUUGACCUGAAUGUUGCACUACCAUUCAUGGAUGAAAUGGAGAUAGAUGCCCACGCGCCAGAAAGCAACACUAUUCCUCAAGAACCAGAUGAUUCUUCUAAUGAAGAUCAUGUUGUGACUGCUGCGAAGAAUCUUAUGGCCAUGCAUAAGGUUGAGUUCCAAGCAGGAUUACCUGGAGGUAAUAACAAUGAUGAUGACUCUGAAGCUAUUGAACAACAUCUGUUUAAAACCAAACACCACAUUAGCAGCUCAACUCUAUUAUCCAAAGAGAAUAAGAGGAGCAAAGACCAUGGUGUUGCUUCAGCUUCAACCUCGAAUGUCCAAUUCAAGCGCAUCAACACCUCCAGAAGGACGUUAUGCCAGGUACCCAGGAUUCUAGAUGAUGCCUACCAUAGGUCAAAGAGAAAUUAAGAUUUCUUCACUCAUGAGAACUUCAUAAAAGUAGUUUUUCGGUGAUGAAUUUACUGAGAAUUAAGGAACUAGUAGCUUACAAUAAUUAGGAACAUCGUGUAUGGUUCGAAACUCUAAUAUGGUCUCUACAAACCUACAUUGGAUCAAAACAUCUUGUCAUGUUUACUUCAAAUCGAACUCUUGUUUGAGAUUUA